AUGGGGAGUUUUGAAGAGGGUGAGAAGCACCAGAGUGUCUCCCAUGGAGAGGCAGCUGUCAUCAAAGCCCCUCGAAUCUCUAGCUUUCCCCAGCCACAGGUCACCUGGUUCCGAGAUGGCCGGAAGAUUCCACCCAGCAGCAGAAUAGCCAUCACGCUGGAUAACACCCUAGUCAUUCUGUCAACUGUGGCUCCUGACGCUGGCCGGUACUACGUGCAGGCCGUUAAUGACAAGAACGGGGAUAACAAGACCAGCCAGCCCAUCACUCUCACCGUGGAAAAUGUAGGGGGUCCUGCAGAUCCAAUUGCCCCAACUAUCAUCAUCCCUCCCAAGAAUACUAGUGUGGUGGCUGGGACCUCAGAAGUGACCAUGGAAUGUGUGGCCAAUGCCAGGUCAGUAGUCAUGCCCUCUAUUCCCUCCUUUCCAAACUUAAUUAUUGACCUUCCUCACUUCCUAUGUUCCCCAUCAUGCAUUGCCCCCAACAUCACCAGAGGCCCUCUGGACAGCACAGUGAUUGAUGGCAUGUCUGUGGUGCUGGCAUGCGAGACAUCUGGGGCACCCCGGCCAGCUAUCACUUGGCAAAAAGGUGAGCGGAUUUUGGCCAGCGGCUCCAUUCAGUUACCCCGCUUCACACUCCUGGAGUCUGGCAGCCUGCUCAUCAGUCCCACCCGAAUCUCAGAUGCUGGCAGUUACACGUGCUUGGCCACCAACUCACGGGGAGUGGAUGAAGCCUCAGCAGAUUUGAUUGUGUGGGCCCGCACUCGAAUCACCAUGGCCCCCCAGGACCAGAGCGUCAUCAAGGGCACCAAGGCGUUCAUGACGUGUGGUGUGACCCAUGACCCCAGCGUUUCUGUCAGGUAUGUCUGGGAAAAGGAUGGAGCAAUACUUGGUGUGGACAGCACUCCCCGUAUGCGACUAGAUAAGAACGGCUCUCUGCACAUCUCACAGACUUGGUCAGGUGACAUCGGCACCUACACCUGCAGGGUCCUGUCUGCAGGAGGCAAUGAUUCCCGGAGUGCCUACCUACGAGUCCGGCAGUUACCCCAUGCACCUGAGCAUCCCGUGGCAACCCUGAGCACAGCUGAGAGACGCUCCAUCAACUUGACUUGGGCUAAGCCUUUUGAUGGCAACAGCCCCCUGAUCCAUUAUGUUCUGGAGAUGUCAGAAAACAAUGCCCCCUGGACAGUACUUUUGCCCAGUGUAGAUCCUGAGGCUACUUCGGUGAUGGUCAAGGGUCUUGUUCCAGCACGCUCCUACCAAUUCCGUCUCUGUGCAGUCAAUGAUGUGGGGAAAGGGCAGUUCAGCAAGGACACAGAAAGAGUCUCCCUCCCCGAGGAACCACCCACAGCCCCUCCUCAGAAUGUCAUUGCCAGUGGCCGGACCAACCAAUCCAUUAUGAUCCAGUGGCAGCCUCCUCCUGAGAGUCAUCAAAAUGGCAUUCUGAAAGGUUAUAUCAUCAGGUUCUGUCUAGCCGGAUUGCCUGUUGGGUACCAAUUUAGGAAUAUCACCAAUGCAGAUGUCAACAACCUACUCCUAGAGGAACUCAUCAUCUGGACCAAUUAUGAAAUCUCAGUGGCAGCCUAUAACAGCGCUGGCCUGGGUGUCUAUAGCAGCAAAGUGACAGAAUGGACCUUGCAGGGAGUUCCCACAGUCCCUCCAGGCAAUGUCCGAGCUGAAGCCAUCAAUUCCACAACCAUCCGAUUCACUUGGAAUGCUCCAAGUCCUCAGUUCAUCAACGGCAUCAACCAGGGCUAUAAGCUGAUCGCCUGGGAGCCUGAGCAAGAAGAAGAGGUAACCAUGGUGACAGCCCGGCCCAACUUUCAGGACAGCAUCCACGUGGGCUUUGUGUCAGGCCUAAAGAAAUUCACAGAGUACUUUACCUCUGUUCUGUGCUUCACCACACCUGGAGAUGGUCCCCGCAGUUUGCCCCAGCUGGUGCGCACUCAUGAGGACGUGCCUGGCCCUGUGGGACACCUCAGCUUCAAUGAAAUCCUGGACACCUCCUUGAAGGUCAGCUGGCAAGAGCCUGGGGAGAGGAACGGCAUCCUCACUGGAUACCGGAUUUCCUGGGAAGAGUAUAACCGCACCAACACCCGGGUAACACAUUACCUGCCCAAUGUUACCCUGGAAUACCGUGUCACUGGUCUAACUGCCCUUACCACCUAUACCAUUGAAGUGGCAGCUAUGACUUCGAAGGGCCAAGGCCAAGUCUCAGCCUCUACCAUCUCCUCUGGGGUCCCUCCAGGGACAUGGAUGGAAGCUUUGGUGACAUGCUUUUCAGCUUUACAGAUACACAAGGCUGGGAGGGAUAAUAACAUGAUGGAUGACAGAAUCAGGAUCCGGAAAGCUCCCAAUGGGUUUGAACAAUGGGCCAAAAUCAAUAAGAUCAAAUAUAAUGAUGAUAAUGAAGUGAAUAUUGUGGGCACCAGCCCCCCCAGCCAACCCUCUCGCAAGAUCCAAACCCUCCAGGCUCCACCCGACAUGGCACCUGGCAACGUGACCCUGCGUACGGCCAGUGAGACUAGCCUUUGGCUGCGCUGGAUGCCUCUCCCAGAAAUGGAGUAUAAUGGUAACCCAGAGUCGGUGGGCUAUAAGAUCAAGUACACCAGAUCUGAUGGGCAUGGCAAGACCCUGAGCCAUGUGGUCCAUGACCGGAUCGAGCGAGAGUACACCAUUGAGGACCUGGAAGAGUGGACUGAGUACCGAGUACAAGUCCAGGCCUUUAAUGCCAUUGGAACAGGACCUUGGAGCCAGAUCGUUGUGGGGAGGACCAGAGAAUCAGUUCCGUCCUCAGGCCCCACCAAUGUGUCUGCACUGGCUACCACUUCAAGCAGCAUGCUGGUACGCUGGAAUGAAAUCCCAGAGGCUGACCGAAAUGGGCUUGUAUUGGGCUAUAAGGUGGUGUAUAAAGAGAAAGAUUCUGACACCCAGCCUCAGUUCUGGCUAGUGGAAGGAAACUCAUCUCUCAGUGCCCAGCUCACCGGCUUAGGCCGAUAUGUGCUUUAUGAGAUCCAGGUGCUGGCUUUCACCCGAAUUGGGGAUGGUACCCCAAGCUCCCCACCUAUCCUAGAAAGGACCCUGGAUGAUGUCCCAGGACCUCCCAUGGGCAUUCUCUUCCCAGAGGUGAGACCCACAUCAGUCCGGCUGAUUUGGCAGCCUCCAGCUGCUCCUAAUGGCAUUAUUUUAGCUUACCAGAUUACCCACAGACUCAACACUACUACCGCCAACACUGCCUCGGUGGAGGUGCUAACCCCCAGUGCUCGCCAAUAUACCGCCACUGGUCUUAAGCCUGAAUCUAUCUACCUAUUCCGAAUCAUGGCCCAGACCCGUAAGGGCUGGGGAGAGGCAGCUGAAGCACUUGUGGUGACCACAGAGAAGAGAGAUCGCCCACAGCCUCCUAGCAAGCCUGUAAUAAAGCAGGAGAAUGUGAAGGCACGGAGUGUACUGCUGUCCUGGGAGCCAGGUAGUGAUGGCCUCUCCCCAGUCCGCUACUACACCAUCCAGACCCGGGAACUCCCCAGUGGCAAAUGGGCCCUGCACUCCUCUUCCGUGACCCACAAUGCCACCUCAUUUGUUGUGGACAGGCUCAAGCCAUUUACUUCCUACAAAUUCCGAGUCAAAUCAACCAAUGACAUCGGGGACAGCGAAUACAGUGAAGAAUCGGAAUCCCUCACCACACUCCAGGCUGCCCCAGAAGAAGCUCCCACCAUCCUCUCUGUUACUCCUCAUACCACCACUUCAGUUCUGAUCUCAUGGCAGCCACCAGCUGAAGACAAGAUCAAUGGAAUUCUGCUGGGCUUCCGGAUCCGCUACCGAGAGCUACUCUAUGAAGGGUUGCGGGGCUUCACAAUGAGAAACAUCAAUAAUCCCAGUACCAAAUGGGCUGAGCUCACCUCUAUGUAUGCUGUGCGGAACCUGAGCCGACCCAGCCUCACGCAGUAUGAACUGGACAACCUAAGUAAGCACAAGCGCUAUGAGAUCCGGAUGAGUGUCUACAAUGCUGUAGGUGAAGGGCCAUCCAGUUCACCCCAGGAAGUGUUCGUGGGAGAGGCAGUGCCUACUGCGCCCCCACAAAAUGUAGCUGUCCAUGGUGCCACAGCCACACAGCUAGAUGUGACAUGGGAACCACCUCCAUUAGAAGCCCAAAAUGGUGACAUCCAAGGCUACAAGGUGCUUCCGCGCCGGGGAGCUGUGUGCUUCCAGAGCACCUGCAGCCCGUCUUUGUGGCGUGGGGCCUUCCCCUUCCUCCCCGCCACCUCCCUCCAUCCUCGGACUCUGGGAGGACCGCAUCGCUUCGGCGGUGCCGAGCUCAUUCAGGGCCCUGCCCUGACAGAUGUCGGCCACGAUUCAUUUCAAAGACAGCCUUUGCCCUCCGGCCACGUGGGCCCACCAAAUGAAGGGCUGUGGGACAUCCUCAUCAAGGACAUUCCUAAGGAAGUGACCUCAUACACGUUCAGUAUGGACAUCUUAAAGCAUGGGGUCAGCUAUGACUUCCGCGUCAUUGCUGUCAAUGACUAUGGCUAUGGCACCCCUAGCAGCCCAUCCCAGUCUGUCCCAGCCCAGAAAGCCAAUCCGUUCUAUGAAGAGUGGUGGUUCCUCGUGGUCAUCGCCCUGGUCGGCCUCAUAUUUAUCCUUCUGCUGGUCUUCGUUCUCAUUAUCCGUGGUCAGAGCAAGAAGUAUGCCAAGAAGUCAGACUCUGGAAACAAUGCCAAAUCUAGUGCCUUGGGUCAUGGAGAAAUGGUGAGCCUGGAUGAAAGUAGCUUCCCAGCUCUGGAACUCAACAACCGACGUCUCUCGGUCAAGAACUCCUUCUGUCGGAAAAAUGGGAUCUAUACCAGGUCUCCUCCAAGACCCAGCCCAGGCAGUCUCCACUACUCAGAUGAGGAUGUCACCAAGUACAAUGACCUGAUCCCAGCAGAAAGCAGCAGCCUGACAGAGAAGCCCUCUGAAAUCUCAGACUCUCAGGGAAGCGACAGUGAAUAUGAGGUAGACCAGAACCACCAAAAGGCCCACUCAUUUGUCAACCAUUACAUCAGUGAUCCCACCUACUACAACUCCUGGAGACGGCAGCAGAAGGGCAUCUCCCGGGCCCAAGCCUACAGCUACACAGAGAGCGACUCAGGGGAGCCCGACCACUCCACGGUGGCUAACAACAACAGCACCCAGCAGGGCAGCCUCUUCCGGCCCAAAGCCAGUCGGACUCCAACACCCCAGAACCCUGCCAAUCCCCCCAGCCAACAGAGCACGCUCUACCGGCCGCCCAGCAGCCUGGCCCCUGGGUCCCGGGCCCCUAUAGCUGGAUUCUCAUCAUUUGUUUGAUACUGGAAAGGAAAGAAAGAAAUGGUACAAGAUAAUCCUCUUCCUCACCACAUCCCCAACCCUCCCUCUCCUAAAACAAAACAAAACUCAGAAUCAAGUCGACUUUUCACCUCCCAACUUUAUUUUUCCAGAGAUUCCAGGGGCUAGCAAAAUCUCAUCCUGAAAAGGAAGGGAGAAAGGAAAAAACAAGCUGAUACGUGCACGUGGAAGACAAUCAGUCCUAGUGAAGGCUGCUUUGAGGGUUGC